AUGACUUCGGCCUUUUUGUGUCUUGCCCUGUCGGCCCUCACCCAGCUCCCCGGAGCACGUGGCCAGGACUUCAGCGGCAGCAGCAGAGACAGCAGCGCGUUCAGCUAUGUGCAGCCGCUGAACACAACGAUCCUCGGCCAGUAUGGCCACUCGCCGGCCGUCUAUCCGUCACCAGCCACCACGGGCAAGGGUGGCUGGGAGGGUGCGCUGGCCAAAGCGUCCGCCUUCCUGGCCCAGAUGACGCUCGACGAGAAGGCCAACUUCACCACCGGUUUCCCGGGACCCUGCAUCGGCAACACGGUUCCCAUCGAACGCCUCAACUUCCCGGGGCUCUGUCUGCAGGACGGUCCAUUGGCCAUCCGCGUGGCCGACUACGCCAGCGUCUUCCCGGCCGGCGUCUCCAUUGCGGCCUCGUGGGACCGGGAUCUCAUGUACGAGCGCGGCCUGUCCAUGGGACAGGAGUUCCGCGCCAAGGGCGCCCACGUCAUGCUGGGACCUGUCUGCGGUCCUCUGGGCCGAUCAGCCUAUGCCGGGCGGAACUGGGAGGGUUUUGCGGCAGACCCAUACCUGACGGGUGUGGCGAUGGAGAAGACGAUUACGGGCAUCCAGGAUGCGGGCGUGCAGGCGACGGCGAAGCACUACAUUGCGUACGAGCAGGAGACGCAGCGCAACCCGACAUACGAUGCCAACGACACGAUCACGUUUGAGGCUGUGUCAGCCAACCUGGACGACCGGACGAUGCACGAGAUCUACCUGUGGCCGUUUGCAAACGCGGUGCGGGCGGGCGUGGCAUCGGUGAUGUGCUCGUACAACCGGAUCAACGGGUCGCAGGCAUGCCAGAACUCCAAGGCACAGAACGGACUGCUCAAGGAGGAGCUCGGCUUCCAGGGCUACGUGCAGUCCGACUGGGGCGGCACGCACUCGGGUCUGGCCUCGGUCGAGGGCGGUCUGGACAUGAACAUGCCAGGCGGCAUGGGCGACUACGGCAUGGAGGUCGACGGGGGCCGGUCGUACUUUGGUCUGAACCUGACGCUGGCCGUGAACAACGGCACGCUCAACGAGUCGCGGCUCAACGACAUGGUGCUGCGCAUCCUGACACCCUACUUCUUCCUCGGCCAGGACGAGGGCUUCCCGACCGUGGACCCGUCGACGGCCGAUCUCAACACCUUCUUCACGCGCUCCGAGUGGCUGCAGGACUGGAACCUCACCGGUGAAGUCAGCCGGGACGUCCGGGCCGACCACGGGGCCAAGAUCCGCAAGCAGGCGGCCCAGUCCAUGGUGCUGCUGAAGAACACGGCCGGUGCAUUGCCGCUCAAGGCGCCCCGGAACAUUGCCAUCUUCGGCAACUCGGCCGGCGACGACACCCAGGGCUUCUACAACCAGGCGAACUUUGAGUACGGCACCCUCUCCGUCGGUGGAGGCUCCGGCACCGGCCGGCUGUCCUACCUCGUGUCGCCGCUGCAGGCCGUCAAGACCCGUGCAGCCCAGGACGGCGCGCUCGUGCAGCAGUGGCUCAACAACACGCUUGUGGCCGCCUCGGACGUGUCCAGCCUCUGGGUGCCCUCGCCCGACGUCUGCCUCGUCUUCCUCAAGACCUAUGCCGAGGAGGGUGCCGACCGCGAGUCACUCGAGCUCGACUGGAGCGGCAAUGCCGUCGUCGAGUCCGUGGCCGCCUACUGCAACAACACGGUCGUCGUGACCCAGUCGUCCGGCAUCAACGUGCUGCCGUUUGCUGACAACGAGAACGUGACGGCCAUCCUGGCUGCCCACUUCACUGGCCAGGAGGCUGGCAACUCCAUCGUCGACGUGCUCUACGGCGACGUCAACCCGUCCGGCAAGCUGCCCUACACCAUUGCCAAGAACACGUCCGACUACAACGCGCCGCCGACGACGGCCAUCAACACCACCGGCAUCGAGGACUGGCAGUCCUGGUUCACCGAGCGCCUCGAGAUCGACUACCGCUACUUUGACGCCAACAACAUCUCGGUCCGCUACGAGUUCGGCUACGGCCUCUCCUACACCACCUUUGCCAUCGACAGCAGCCUCGCCGUCGAUGCUGUCACCACCAGCACCAGCAUCACCGCUGCUCCUGAGAACCUGCCCAUCCAGCCCGGCGGCAACCCGGCCCUCUGGGACACCCUCUACGAGGUCACCGCCACCGUCUCCAACACCGGCAGCGUCGCCGGCGAGGCCGUUCCCCAGCUCUACCUCACCUUCCCCGACAGCACGCCCUCUGGCACUCCGCCCAAGCAGCUGCGCGGCUUCGACAAGCUCGCCAUCGCCCCCGGCCAGAUCCGCAACGUCACCUUUGAGCUCCAGCGCCGCGAUGUCAGCUACUGGGACAUCGUGUCCCAGCAGUGGCUCAUUCCCGAGGGUGCCUUCACCGUCAACGUCGGCUUCAGCAGCCGCGACAUCAAGGCUACCACUACCCUGACCGCUCGCACCGCUUAG